CCAAAAUAAUAAUGCUGAGAUUAGUGACUCCAAAUAAAUUCCUUUGCCGAUACCCUCUGAAUACUGGGGCCAUUUGUGGUGGUAUUACAUUAAUAUGUGUGACAGCUAUGGCCGGUCUUGCUUUAUUCGUGCAAGUGAUGACGAUAAAAGAUUGCGAUGUUUGUUCUCGAUACGUUUGGAGGAAUUCUUACAGCUUCAGCGUCACUGGAAUUAUUUACUGUAUCUUUAUGCUAUGUAUUCAUGUCUGGUAUCUGUGGGGAGUACGUGAGGAAAAAUCAACAGUCAUCAUAUGUUGGGUUGUGGUGACAUCGAUGUGGUUGGCUCAAACGUUUGUUCUACUCAUUGUACUAAUAUGCAUGUACAGCUCUCAAGUAAAAUUUAUAUCCUGGCUGCUUUCCUUUAUCUUCGGUAUAUUUGCUGCACACAAGCUGUAA